AUGGAAUAUCUACAUAGGCACCUGGCAACUCUCAAAAAAGAGGAAGGUUUUAAAUUUCGUCCUAGAUGUGCUAAGCUAGGGAUUACCAACAUCUGCUUUGCAGAUGAUCUACUACUGUUUGCAAGAGGAGAUGACAGGUCUAUCAGGCACUUGAUGGGAAAGUUUCAUCAAUUUUCAGAGGCAACUGGUUUAAAGGCAAACCCUGCAAAAUGUAAGAUAUAUUUUGGGGGCUUAAAGGAUCAGGAGCAAAGAGAUCUUGCAGCUGCCAGCAAUUUUGGUGUGGGCUCCUUACCAUUCAAAUAUUUGGGAGUUCCUUUAUCCACAAGGAAACUCACUGUGAACCAAUGCCAACCUAUUAUUGACAAAAUGCUUGAGAAGAUCCAUCACUGGUCUGCUAGUUUGCUCAGCUAUGCAGGUAGGAAGCAACUUGUCCAAAGUACUUUGAUGACCAUAGCUGGAUACUGGAUGCAAGCUUUUCCACUCCCAAAAACAAUUAUCCAGAGAAUUGAAACUAUUUGUAAGAAUUUUCUCUGGUCUGGCAGAUCUGUGGGUAGAAAGGCUCUGGUGGCUUGGGAUAAAAUAUGCCUCCCUUCUAGUGCAGGUGGUCUGAAUCUGACUUACUUAAGAGAUUGGAACAAAGCUACUAUUCUGAAACUUUUGUGGAAUCUCCAUAUGAAAUCGGAUAAACUGUGGAUUAGGUGGAUUGGAGCCUACUAUCUGAAAGGGGGAAGCAUAAUGCAUUGGGAACCUAAGACUACUAGCUCGUGGAUACUAAGGAACAUAGCUAAGGUGCGAGAUCUUACUAUGUAG